AUGAGUGGACCAAUGUAUAUAAAAUCAAAGCAGUUGACAGUGGGUGAUGAAUUUCACAAUCAACCAUUAUUGGGCUUCUUGAUGGCAUCUAGCCUACACUUUUCGAAAAACGUGGCAAGAUGGAAGGUGAUCAAGGCUGAAGUCACGAUAGAUCGAAGUGGCAAGACAUUUACUGCAUCGGCGGAUACGAAGGUGUCUACAGGUGAUGUAGUUAAUGUGAUGAUGGACAGCUCGCCGUACAAACUGGUUGGGAGGACUAGUAGGAGCGCAUCUGAGAAGCGUGAUGGUAUUAAUGAACAGAUUGCUGCAACGCUCGAGAAACUGCAAAACUCGGUCUUGUAUCGCGAUGCAGACAUCUUGGCCAUCAAUAAACCACAUGGCUUGCCAGUGCAAGGUGGCUCCAAAGUCUGGAUCCAUGUCGACAGAUUCCUACCAGAUCUCAAAUUCGAUUCCGAGAAUGUGCCCAAGAUUGUGCAUCGUAUAGACAGAGAUACUGCUGGCGUGGUAUUAUUAGCCCGAAACGAUGCAACAGCCGCCCGACUAUCUGACCUCUUCCGCAACUCUGAAAACCGUCUCGAGAAAACAUAUUGGGGCAUCCUCGUCGGUCGUGUCCCUGGUGUCCCGUCGUCAUCAUCAGAAUCAAAUCCAACAAAAGAGAUUGUAACAGGCAUAACUGAAGUGAAGGAACGUGGAAGAGACUAUAUGGCUGUAUGUCCCGCACCUAAUGAAUUGAUUAAUGAUGGGCAACUAGAUCACGAAAGUAAAACUGCUGUGACAAGGUAUGAGAUUGUUGCUACGACACCAAAUGCGUCGAUGAUACACUUUCAUCCCAUCACGGGGAAGAAGCAUCAGAUACGGGUUCACGCUGCUUCGGUAUUGAGGGCGUCUGUUGUUGGGGAUUACAAGUAUGGGAAUGGUGUCAGUGACAGAUUGAAGCCCCUAUUUCGAGAUCCGAAAACGAUACCACUACACUUGCAUCUUCGAGAAAUCACGCUCAAAAACUGGUUUGGUCCUAACGCUCACUUGAAGAUCACUGCACCUGUACCAAAAUACUUUGAACAGACAAUGAGACUGCUGGGAUUUGACAGGCGCUGA